AUGUCGAUCGCGGAAUGGACUUCUUUGGUUACAGGUGCUGCUCUAGGAGCUCCAGCUUCUUCGAUUUUUACAGCUCUAGUCGAAGAGGCCAAGAAAGUGAAGGACUUUAAACUCUUGUCUCAGGAUCUCGCGUCCACGAUGGAGAGAUUGGUUCUGAUUAUCGUAAUAGGUUUUCAAGAACAAAACACUCUUUAA